AUGUUUUUCUAUCCAUUCAUCUUUGAAACUUGAACCGUGAUGUCCACUCUCAUUCAGUGAGGGAGACUUAACUGAAACCGGUGAAGCUACAAUCUGGACCUUCCGGUGCAAAUGUACUUGGCUAGACCCAGGCUGUCCCCGAGUCGAGGAUCAAAUUUCCAACUUGUACACACACAAUGCUCCAAGACUGCUAUCCCGCAAGGACGAUGUAAGUAUGUCCCGAACAAGAUCCGAUCCUCAACUAAGCUCAUGAACACGUAUCAUGAAUCAAUUUUCAAUUCCAAUAUCUUGAAACGCUUGCAUGACUGGUCAUGCCUGACAGUCUUGUAUGCGAUGUAGGUGUAAUAAAGCUUUCACUUGUUGACUUAGCAC